AAUCCAGAAUGCAUUGCACUGUUAUUUCCUGCUAGCAACUCCAAAACAAUAUGGCUGACCAAGACAGCAGGCCUACAUCAGCAGCUUCCAAGAAGUCGUAUGCUGAGGAAGAAAAAGAGAGGUCUAGGCCUCCCUCUGUGACUCAGUCACCAGCUCAAGGUUCACGACCAGGGUCGUCCAAAGCUGGUUCGAGGCCAGUAUCAGCUAAGCCCUCCUCUCGGCCAAUGUCCGCCAAGUCUGGAGGCUCAAACCGGCCACCUUCUGCAACCGGAUCUAACAGGCCAUUAUCUGGGAAAGGCUCCGAGCGGGCACCAACCACUUCACCUGUCCAGGAUGAGCAAGAUGAACCGGCUGGUUUGAACCAAUCUAGAGGCUCUGAUCGUGAUGGACAACUAGCACCAGGUGGUGAUGACGGGGACUAUGAUAUGGACAACCUGCAGGGUGAGGACUUCGAUGGGGUACCAGGUGUUGGUCAGCAGCUGGUGCCAGCGGGCGGUGGACCUCCUGAUGAUGGUGGCAGUGAUGGAUCUGGGGAUGAUGAGGAGGAGGAUGAGGGUGAGGACGAGGGGGAGUCUGACGGGGAGAGUGAUGCUGAGAGCAACGUGAUGGUGGUGUUGGAGCCGGACCACCCGCUCAUGAAGCGCUUCCAGGCCGCGCUGAACAAGCAGCUCACAAAACAGAAUGAGAAAGUCUCACUAGAGUUGCGUGAGCUUGACGAGUCGCUGAAAAACAGGAAGAAGGAGCGAGAGGACCUCGGUGUUGAUUUGUAUGGGAUCCAACAGGAGCUUGCAAGAUACCAGAUGAUGCUUGAGAAACGCCAUGAUGAGUUCUCCGAGGUUACGCAAGUGAGGAAGCAGGAGGAGCAGCAGCUGGAGGAUGUCCGUAACCUGUACAAGGAUCUGCAGUUCAGUGUCAAUCAGGAGAAGAAAAAGACGUCGGAGUUGCAAGGUGAGGUAGAGAACCUGGCUCUACGACUCUUCUACAUGCAAAACGCCAAGGAGGACGUGCGCUCAGAUAUCGCCAUUAUGAGACGUGCCGCUGAGAAGGCAGAAACUGAGGUUGCCAAGUCGGAAAUAGAGAAACAAAGACAGGAUCUGUUUGUGGACCGGCUGGUAGAGCGUGUAGACAAGCUCAAGGAGGAGAUAGCGAUGUAUGAGGCACAGCUGACAGCUCAGCUCGAGGAGACCAAGGCUGCUAAGGAGCAACUCAUGGAGGCACACAUGGAGAUUGAGGCAAUCAGCCUGGAGAAGAAGCAGCUGUACCAGCAGUGGAACAGCAGUCUGAUCGGCAUGCGGCGCAGAGACGAGGCUCAUGCAGCCAUGAUGGAGGCCCUCAACCAGCAGCAGCAGAAAGUGCUCUCCCUUGAAACUGAAAUCGAGGGCUACAAGAAAUCGAUUCAGAAAGAGCAGGAACAAAAUGAGAAACUGACACUCAUCCUCAACAAGACGGAGCGUGAUAUUGAGACCGUUAAGAAGCAGUUGGCACAGUGCCAGAGCAAGCACGAUGCACUCAAGUCUGAGUAUGCGACGUACACAAGGAUCCUGCAUGAGACAGAGCAGAGCUUGAACCGAGCCAUGACGGACAAGACGUUGCGAGAGAAUGAGCUGAACGCGUUGAGGAAGCAGAUAGAGCGUGAGUACCUGGAGAAGGUGAAACUGGAGGACGACAUCAUGGAGAAGAUGAGGAGUCAGCUGACUAUGGACAAGGCUGCCCAGUACACGAAGAAACUCACUGGCAAGAAACGAGAGCUCACCAAGCAGCUGGAAACUCAAAUGGCCGAGGUUGAAAAUGAGAUCUCUCAGAAUGCCCUUGAGGUCUCUAAUGUGAAGGCAAGAAUCGAGCGUCUGCAGAAAAUUGCUCUUGAUCUUGACGAUGAAAUAGCGCGACAGAACGAGAUAAUCUCAAAGAGCGAGACAGAGAUAGUGAGAAGGAAUGCCAUUAUUGAGCGCAAACAGAACCUGAUUGAUCAGUUUAACAAGAAGCUGGAAGUUAUGAUCACCAAAGCAGGGGGUGUAGAGCUGGGUCCUCUGGAGAUCCAGAUCAACUCGCUACAGAAGUCUAUUGACGCUGAGGUCCAGGAGAUCAUCGACCUGCAGCAGUUGUGGCUGCGCCAGCAGACGGAACUCGUACGCCUCAGCAAGGACCAGGAGGCCCAGUCUGUAGACGUGACCAAGCUCAAGAAACAGCUCACCAUUCUCACACAGAAGAAGGCCAGAACAGAAGCUGAGAUUGACGGCCAGCGUCGUGAGACCUACGAGAUAGAGCGCAGCAUCAGCAACAUGCAGAACGACAUGAUCAAGCUGAACACGCUGCUGCAUAAAGAGAAGGGAGCCCAGGUGAUGCUGCAGCAGGACAACAUCCUCAAGGAGAAUGACUUCAUCACCAGUCUCAAGGAUCAUGAGCAUGAGUCCAUAGAGCUGCAGCAGAGUCUGGAUGGACUGAAGGAGGAGAAGGAGCGGCUGCUUAACAGUCUGGUUGAGGCAGAACGUCAGAUCAUGCUAUGGGAGAAGAAAACGCAGCUAGCACGUGAGACGAGGGCGGCUGUGGACUCGGAGGUGGGCCAGGGGGAGGUGCGAGCCAUGAAGUCCGAGAUCCAUAGGAUGCAGGUCCGCUAUGCCCAGCUCAUGAAGCAGCAAGAGAAGAUGAUCCAGGAAAUGGAGAAAGCCGUCUCCAGACGUGACACAAUCGUCACUCGUGGAGAUGCACAGACGAAGAUGAACAAGAAAGUGCUUACAAAAGGAACAUUUGAGCGUCAGAUGAAUGAAACCAGAAAAAAGAUCAAACAGACAAUUCAGGAAGCAAACUCGUGUGACUCGGAGAUUCAGCAGCUUCGAGAGCAUCAGACCCAGUUGAGUUCACAGCUGGAGCAGGGGCAGGUAACUGUGCAGGAGCUUCAGGGUGGCUCGGACUCACUAGAUGGAGACAUUGAUAGACUCAUCGAGGUCAAACAGAAGAACAUGACAGAGCUCCUAAGUCGUCAACAGAAGAUGAAGUACUACCAGCAAGCCAAGGACGGCAAGUACACACGCCUCUGCAAGAGCGAAGCUUCUCUCGAGUCUGAGUACCAGAAACAGGUUGACCGCAUGCAAGCCCUGAGUGCGAUCGUGGACCGGCUGAACCAGGAAUACCCGCAUGUCCAGCCCACCCUGCGGCGCGUCACUGUGAACCUGAGCUCCAAAACCACAGAGGAUGAGAGCGUAUAAUCAGCAGCCAUUGUAGGCGUGCUAAGAAAAAACCCCACAAAAAGGGAGAAAGUCAUAGAUGUUAUACUAAAUGUGAUAUUGUAUUUGAACUCUGUGUGACCCAUUCUGUGAUAUGAACUUGUUUUAGUUUUUUUUGGCAUGAACGUAGGUUUCAGAAUAAAAGAUGUCUAUUUAUUUAAACUGUGUAUUUUUAUUUAUAACUGUGAACACUUUGUGCUGAAUACUAGCAUUAUUUUAUUGUUUCUGUUGCAUAAAUGUGAUGUUCUAUGAAAGGUAUUUAUAAGUGAGCAUUUAUGGCACUUGCUGGGUAUUCUUUAUUACACUUUUAAUGAAAGCAAUUAAGAUGAAAAUGCAUCCUACUUAGAAAAAAGUGUGUGAGUGAUAAUUGUUCAUGGUAAAUGUAUAUAGUUGACACUGCCUGCUAUAUUUAUUUUCCUAUACAUUGUCUUAAAUAUAAAUUUAUUCUGAGGAUUCACAUGUUGAGCAUUUUAUAUGUUGUACAUUUCCUUAUGUUUUGUAAAAAAUAUAUUUGUUGAAUUAUUGAUAAGUCUGUAGAUCUUAUUCCUUUCAUAAUGUAUUAUAAUUUAAAGAGAAUGUUCACACACAACGUACAUCUUUGAUGCAGAAUCUGCUGUUUUACUUUUCUCACAGCAAACCUGACUUCAAUACGUUUUGUUUAUGAUGUAAAAUACACAUUUGUAUUUGUGCAUAUAAGAGGUGAAUAAAUUGUACAAAUAAAA